UCGUGGUAGUAAUUGGUGAAACAGGUUCCGGAAAGACUACACAGCUGACCCAGUAUCUUCACGAAGACGGAUACAGUAAGUAUGGUAUGAUUGGGUGCACACAACCACGUCGUGUAGCUGCCAUGUCUGUAGCGAAACGUGUAAGUGAAGAGAUGGAAUGUAAACUUGGAACAACCGUUGGCUAUGCAAUUCGAUUUGAAGACUGUACAUCAAGUGAAACAAAAAUUAAGUAUAUGACUGAUGGUGUAAUGCUUCGUGAAUCACUCAAAGAACCUGAUCUUGAUAAUUACAGUGCUAUCAUUAUGGACGAGGCUCAUGAACGUUCUCUUCAGACAGACGUCUUGAUGGGCUUGUUACGUAAAGUUAUAUCAAGACGCAGGGAUAUAAAAUUAUUGGUAACGUCUGCAACUAUGAACGCCGAAAAGUUUUCUGCAUUUUUUGGACACUGUCCCACAUUCACAAUCCCCGGUCGUACUUUUCCAGUUGAUAUAAUGUUUAGCAAAACUCCUUGUGAGGAUUACGUCGAUAGCGCGGUCAAACAAGUGUUGUCCAUCCAUAUCGGUAGUCCUGCGGGAGAUAUUUUGGUAUUUAUGACCGGUCAAGAGGAUAUUGAAAUUACGUGUCAGGUCAUUGCAGAACGGCUUGAACAACUAGAUAACCCUCCACCAUUAGCGAUUCUUCCAAUAUAUUCACAAUUGCCUGCAGAUUUGCAAGCAAAGAUUUUCGAAAAAGCUGCAGAUAACGCACGCAAAGUCAUUGUUGCGACAAAUAUUGCAGAGACUUCGCUAACCGUUGAUGGUAUAAUGUAUGUUAUCGAUACUGGCUAUAACAAAUUAAAGGUUUUUAAUCCUAAAAUCGGUAUGGAUUCCCUUCAAAUAACUCCAGUCAGCCAGGCGAAUGCAAAUCAAAGGUCUGGUCGUGCCGGUCGUACAGGUGCCGGCACGUGUUACCGUCUUUACACAGAGCAAGCAUAUCAUCAUGAAAUGUUUCCGAAUACUAUUCCCGAAAUUCAGAGAACUAAUCUUGCGAAUGUGGUGUUGUUACUUAAGUCUUUGGGCGUUAAGAAUUUGCUGGAUUUUGAUUUUAUGGAUCCGCCACCUCAGGAUAAUAUAUUAAAUUCAAUGUAUCAACUAUGGGUGUUGGGUGCUCUUGAUAACACAGGCGAAUUGACACCACUUGGUCGUAAGAUGGUAGAGUUUCCAUUAGACCCAUCUUUAUCUAAAAUGCUAAUUAUCUCUGAACAAUUAGGUUGCACGGCAGAGAUAUUGACUAUUGUAUCUAUGUUAUCAGUUCCUUCAGUUUUUUAUCGGCCCAAAGAACGCGUAGAACAAAGUGAUGCAGCACGGGAAAAAUUCUUUGUUCCCGAAAGUGAUCACUUGACGCUCCUGCACGUUUACACACAAUGGAGAUCUCAUGGUUAUCGCGAAGACUGGUGUGUAAAACAUUUUAUCCAUGCAAAAGCAAUGCGAAAGGCCCAAGAAGUUCGUUCACAACUAAUGGACAUCAUGAAUGCCGAAAGAAUGGAGUAUGUCUCGUGCGGCACAGAAUGGGACGUCGUCCGGAAAUGCAUCUGUUCCGCGUACUUCCAUCAAGCGGCACGCGUAAAAGGCAUCGGCGAGUAUGUGAAUUGUCGUACGGGUAUGCCGUGUCAUUUGCAUCCGACGAGUGCACUAUACGGACUUGGAUAUACGCCCGAUUAUAUCGUGUAUCAUGAACUAGUGAUGACUUCUAAAGAGUACAUGCAGUGUGUGACGGCUGUUGAUCCGUAUUGGUUGGCUGAGAUGGGCCCAAUGUUUUAUUCGAUCAAAGAAAAGAACUAUACCCAAAAGGAAAAACGACUAGCCAACAAAGCAGAAAUGGCCAAAAUGAAUAUGGAGCUUCAGAUAAAGAUCACGCGUGAAAAAGAAGCCGAAGAAGUCGAGCGGCAAAAAAAAGCGUCGCUUACCCCACGAGGUUUGACACAAAUAGUUACACCUGGCCGACGAGAACCUG